AUGGUUGUCACAGAGAAGCCUCUCGAGGCUCCCGUGCCGCCUUUGGUGGCGGGCCAACAAGAUCGCGAGAUGCUUCCCCAACAGCCUGCUGAGCCGACAGAGAAAAGCGACGCGACAAGCGUCAAGUCAAAGGAUAUCGAGCAGCCUGCCAGCGAGUCUGUUUUUCACUCCCUCACCAUCUACUUCCGCUGCCUCUUCGCCGCCGACCCAACAUGGCUCGACAUUACUCUCAUCGUUGGUGGCUCCAUAUGUGCCGCUGCCGCCGGAACUCCGUUCCCCUUGAUGGCGAUUCUCUUCGGUCAGCUCGUCGAUGACCUCAACGACGCUACUUGCGCCGCCGAAGCGCAGACCGCCGACCCCUUCGCCUAUGCGUCCGAUAUCAACGAAAAGGUUCUCCUCAUGGCCAUCAUUGCUAUUGCAGCCUUCUGCCUCAUCUACAUCUACAUCCUCGCCUGGGGCGUUAUCAGCCAGCGCCUUGCCCAGCGUCUUCGCGUUCGCUACCUCGCUGCCCUUAUGCGCCAGCCGCCUUCCUUUUUCGACGAGCGGGCCAACGCUGGCGAGGUCUCUAGCCGCCUCCACGGCGACAUCACGGCCGUCCAGGCGGGUACCUCGGAGAAGGUUGGCAUUUUCAUCUCAAGCAUCAGCUUCUUCGUUACCGCUUUCAUUAUUGCCUACAUCAAGCAGGCGAAGCUUGCCGGUAUGCUGACAGCCAUGAUCCCGGCCUUCAUGCUCAUGUCGGUGAUUGGUGGUGCCUACUUUGCCAAGUAUACGGCGCGCAUGUCCACGGCCAUCGGUACAGCAUCGUCUCUGGCUGGCGAGUGCCUGCGGAACAUUUCGGUCGUGCACGCCUUUGGAGCCGGCCCUCGGCUGGAAGCUCGUUUCGCCGACCUGAUGCUCGAGGCUCGGGCCGCCGGCAUCAAGAAAGCCGUCGUGGCUGCCAUUCAGGCUGGCCUUUUGUACUUUAUUGCUUAUGCCGGCAACGCGUUGGCCUUCUGGCAGGGCAGCAAAAUGAUCGCCGAGACCAGAACAAACCCCAACGGCACCUCGAUGGGUGAUAUUUACACUGUGGUUCUCCUGAUUGUUGACGCCUGCGUCAUGCUCGGCGGUAUUGCCCCUAUUCUGCCCCUCUUCGGGGGUGCUUCGGCCGCGUUCCUCCGUCUCCAGCAUGACAUUGAGGCCCCUUCGACCCUCGAUGCCACGUCGGACGCUGGCAAGAUUCUGCCUGCCGAGAAUGCCUCCUCGACUGGCAUCUCCUUUAACAAUGUCAGCUUCUCUUAUCCUUCAAGACCCACGCAACCAGUUCUUCGCAACGUCAACCUGACGUUCCCUACCGGCAAAUACACCGCCAUUGUUGGUCUUUCCGGCAGCGGCAAGUCAACUAUUGCCUCCCUGAUCAGCCGUCUCUACGACCCGGGCGAGGGUUCCAUCACGUACGACGGCCAAGAUAUUCGCAAUAUCAACCUUCGCAAUCUUAGGAGCCACAUGGGUUUCGUCCAGCAGGAACCUACCCUGCUCAACAGUUCCAUCCUGACUAAUAUUGCCCUCGGUCUCGUCAACACGACCAAGCCUGCUCACGCUCACCUCAAGUCUUUCCUCAACUGGAACAACCUUACCGAGCUCGGCAACAAGGGCAAAGACCUCAGCGCUUCUGCUGAGGCCCUUGGUCCCGAAGCCGUCGAAAUUGUCAAGCUCGUUCACGACGCUGCCGACCAGGCCGAUGCCGCCAGCUUUAUCGAGCGCCUCGAGAGCGGCUACGGCACCGUAGCUGGUCCCGGUGGUUCUCUCAUCAGCGGUGGCCAGCGUCAGCGGAUCGCGCUCGCUCAGGCACUCAUCCGUGACCCCCAGAUCCUAGUCCUUGACGAGGCCACUGCGGCCCUCGACUCUGCCAGCGAGCGCCGCAUCCAGGAGGCUGUUGAGCGCGCCGCCAAGCACCGUACAGUCAUCUCCAUCGCCCACCGUCUGUCGACGAUUCGCAAGGCAGACAACAUUGUCGUCAUGGAAGCCGGUCAGGUCGUCGAGCAGGGCUCCUACGCUGAGCUGAUGGCCAUUGAAGGCGGCGUGUUCGCCCGAAUGGCCAGCCUGCAGUCUGUGGGCACUGUCGACCGUGGCGAGGGCAGCUCCAUCUCCGGCGACUCUCUGGAUGCCUCUACGCUCAAGACCGACAUCUUCCCCUCGGAGAAGCUGGACCCUGCAGACCAUAUCCUGAGCAAGCAGUCCUCCGCCAAGGAAGCAACCGAAAAAGGCAAGGAGGAGGAGAAGGAGGAGGAAGAGCCCAGGACGGAGCUGGACACAAAGCAGCCCUUCUUCUUCGUCACCAAGGGACUCGGCCGCCUCGUUCGCCCGUCGCUGCUGUGGCUCGUGGGCGCCAUCAUCGCUGCCGCCAUCGUUGGCUGCACGUUCUCCUCUGCUGGUGUCAUUCUCGGUUACACUGUUGGUGCGCUGAACCCUUGCGCCAACACAGUCGAGCGCAUCCUCGACCUCGGACGAUUCUUUGCCGGCAUGAUCUUUAUGCUGGCUUGCAUUGAAUUCUUCGCCAACUUUGUCGCGUGGUCCUUCUUUGGCGUCGUGGCUGAGAAGAUGCUUUACGCUGUCCGCGUUCUCUCCUUCCGCUCCCUGCUCGAACAGGACCUCGACUGGCACCAGUCGGAGACGCCCACGAAGCUGCUGACGAUCAUCACCAAGGACAGUGCGGCCCUCGGCGGCUUCAGCGGCUCGACCAUCGGCACAGUCUUUGCCAUUGUCGUCAACUUCUUCAUCGCCAUUAUCUUGUCGCACAUCAUCGCUUGGAAGAUCGCCAUCGUUUGUCUCGCCACCAUCCCCCUCCUCCUCGGCGCCGGCAUCAUGCAGCUGCGCAUGCUGGCUCGCUAUGAAGAACGCCAGGCUGGCGCCUUUGCGGACGCGACGGCCGUUGCCGUCGAGGCUGUCCAUUCGAUCCGCACCAUCGCGGCGCUGUCGCUCGAGGGUGAGAUCAUGGGCUCCUACACGCGCCUGCUCCGUGGACCGCAAAAGAUGAUCUUCCGCUCGUCGGCUUCGACCAACAUCUGGCUCGCCAUGCAGCACAGCAUGGGCACGCUCAUCUACUGUCUCUCGUACUGGUGGGGCUCCCAGCUCAUCAUGCGCGGCGAGUACAACCAGACGCAGUUCUUCAUCAUCCUCAUCGCCAUGCUCGUCAGCGCGCAGCUCUGGGGCACCAUGUUCUCGCUGGCGCCCGAGUUCUCGAGGGCCCGCCUCGCUGUUUCGCGCAUCCUGAACGUCAUCAACCUCGGAUCCGGCCGCGAUCUCAGCAAGGCCCAGCUCAAGACGCUGCAGACGGCGCGCGAGAGCAAGACCGGCGGCGACAAGGGCGCCCCAAGCAGCGAUGGUGCUGACGCCGAGGCCGCCAACGAAGUGCAGCUGAAGCAGCCUUUCAAGGGCGAGAGCCGUGGUGCCAAGGUCACGUUUAACAACGUCGGUUUCACAUAUCCAAACCGUCCUGACGUGCCUGUUCUCGAUGGUGUCUCCUUCACUCUGCAGCCUGGUCAAUUCUGCGGCCUUGUCGGUCCCUCGGGUGCUGGCACCAUUUCGCUCGACGGCCAGGACCUCAAGCCGCUGCCACCCUCGUUCCGCGAGUCCAUCGCCCUGGUGCCACAGGACCCGACGCUCUUCGACGGCACUGUGCGCUUCAAUGUCGGCCUAGGCGCCGCACCCGGCACCGAGGCCACGGAUGCCGAGAUUGAGGAGGCGUGCCGUCUUGCCAAUAUCCACGACACAAUCAUGGCGCUGCCUGACGGCUACGACAGCGAGUGCGGCGCCUCGGCACAGAGGCUCUCGGGUGGUCAGAGGCAGCGUCUCGCCAUUGCGCGCGCCCUCGUGCGCAAGCCGAGGCUGCUGCUGCUCGACGAGAGCACGAGCGCGCUCGACGCCGCGAGUGAGGCGGCGCUGCAGGAGGGUCUCGAGAGGGCGUCGAGGGGCACCACUGUGCUGGCCAUUACGCACAGGCUGCACACGGUGCAGAAGGCGGAUGUCAUCCUCAUCGUCGAGGGCGGCAAGAUUGUCGAUCAGGGCCGCCACACGGAGCUCAUGGAGAGGAGGGAGAGCUAUCGCAUCAACGCCAUGCAGCAGAUGCUGCAGUGA